AUUGAUAAUCUUAAGUGACUCACUGAAGAGCUUGUCAAGGCAGCUGCAAUCAGAAAAUAAUUGGGAAACAGAGAAUUUGUUUCAGUCAUGUCCUUGUACACUGUGAUAUGUCUGGCUGUGCUUUGUGGUCUGAUAGAUACCACAGAAAUACGGACUGAUUUCUACGACAGCUGCAAGUGGAAAUGCCUGACAUUUGCUCAACUGUGGCCAGGAUCGUUUUGCAUGAGUUUUCAAGAAAAACGCUGCAAGAUUCCAGAUCAAGUGAAUGAUUGGACUAUACAUGGACUCUGGCCAAAUGGGCGCGAACGCUGCAAUAAGUCUUGGCACUUGACAAAGAAGGACAUUGAUGACCUUACUGACAACUUGUCCCAUUAUUGGCCAAGUCUAACCAACUAUAAGACUUUCAAGUUUUGGGCAAACGAAUGGAGCAAGCAUGGUACCUGUGCAGCUUGUGCUGACAGCAUGUCCACUCCACACAAAUACUUCAGCCGUGCACUCCAGCUCCGGAUGAAGUUUACCAUCAAUAAGGCCUUCGUUGCUGCUGGUAUCACCCCAUCAUGUGAUAAGGGCUACACGUUGAAACACUUCCACAUGGCGCUGAUGGAUUUUGGCACUCACGUUAGCCUCCAGUGUUACAAAUCUAAGGAACGGCAGAUACUCAUGCAAGUCAAAAUUUCCCUAAGUAAGGACUUUUCCAUUGGCUGCAAGACUACUGAAGACAAUUUUAAUAAAUCAUAUUAUUAUCCCUGCAAAAACAAGUCUGAAAUAUAUUACUAUCCCCUCACGAAUCAUUCACAUAAUCCUUGUCCCUAAAGGAAUCUUCUCUUUACAUCCUGGCUGUUUUCAGGAAAGGUACUUUUGAUUGAAAUGUAUUAGAUGCCUUACCUUUUGGUGUUCACUUGCAGGCCAAACCCUAAUGCUUCUGGGUGAAGGGUAGGACAACAGUAUCAUUAUUUUGAAGGAUGGCUGUGCCUGGCUCUUUAUCAUUUGCCUUGUAUUCAAAAAUGUAAUUAAGUUUAACCUCUUGGAUGUUUUGGUUUUAACAGUAUUCUAUUUCAAUUGUAAAAGAUUUAUAUUAAAUAUUCAAUCUCUAUAAGUGUUCACACUUUUGUGUGGAACAUGGUCUUUGCACAAUCUCCAUCAUUUGGGAGAGAGGGAAAGAAUUAAACUUUUGUUUGCCUGUUAACAGCAACACACACACACACAAAAUGCUGUAGGGACUCAGCAGGUCAGGCAGCUUCUAUAGAAAAGAGUGCACAGUGGACGUUUUAGGCCGAGACCCUUCAUCAAGAAUGGGUCUCAACCCAAGAUGUUCACUGUUUACUCUUUUCCACUGAUGCUGCCUGACCUGCUGAGUUCCUCCAGCAUUUUGUGUGUGUUGCUCUGAAUUUCCAGCAUCUACAGACUUCCUCAUGUUUAUGGUUUGUCUAUUGAAAUAAAUUGGCACAUCUGUCAAUUCUCUUGCCAAUAGCUCAAGUGUUGUCUGCCCCACAACUGAAUCAAGAGAUUUCAUUGAGCUGAAAUUACUCAAUAUUCUUUAAAAAAGGCCUUUUAUAUAAAAUAAGAUUGUCCAUUCUUUCUCAUAUUGUCGUAUUUGUUUCUUAACUUCCACAUUCUCUGCAUUUAUGGGUUUUGAAUUGUGGAUUACUGAUAUUUUCUCUCAACAUGUAUUUCCUAUAAUUCCUUACAACGUAGAAGGAAGCCAGUCAGCUCACUGAGUCAGUGGUGGUUAUCACAACAAUCCCAUCCGCCCCCAGUCACCCACUUAGUUCCUGCUAACUAUUCUUCCCCAUAUGCCUAUGAACAGCCUUAAUUUUCCCAUCAGCUAUCCACACUAGGGAUAUUUUACAACAGCCAAUUCAUCUGGCAACUGGAGUGGCUUUGGGAUGUGGGAAGAAACUGGAUCAUGGACGGGGGUGGAGAGAGCAGUCACAGGGAGAAUGUGCAAACUCCAUACAUACAGCUCUGGAGGCGAGAACUGAACCAGGAUCCCUGGAGAUGUGAGAUUUCUGCGCUACCUACAGAGUUGCUGUGCCAUCUAUUGCUUUUCUAAUGACUUUAUAGAAACCAGCAAUGCAUGUAAUUAAAGCAUUUAUUGAAGCUGAAUAUCAUAGCUUUAUCUCCUACCUGUCGGUGGAAAACCUGUUGAAGAUCCUAUCUUCAAUCUAAUACAUGGUUUGAUGUUUUAAGACUCUCUUGUAAUUCUUUCUCAAAAGGUUGAUGUAACAAUUCCUUCACUAAAUAUGCUUUGCAAUUUACAAAUGUUUAACACCAAUAAAUCAUCUAUG